AUGCACCCUCAAAACUUUUAUCGAUAUAAUCCACCAAAUUUCAAAAUACUCGCAAAUAAGUAUCCCUCGUUUGAUAAAUUUAUAGUUAAUAAAACUGAAAAGAUUUUUAAUAUAGAUUGGAAAGAUCCAAAUGCAACAAGAGAAUUUACCAGAGUUUUAUUAGACCAUGAUUUUGGUUUAAAGAUCGAGUUACCAGAAGACUAUUUAUGUCCAACUAUAACACUUAGAUCAAAUUAUUUAUAUUGGUUAAACGAAAAACUAAAUGAUUUGGGUAUUGAUGUAAAUAAUGUAGUUAAAGGUAUUGAUAUCGGAACAGGUGCAUCAUGUAUAUUUCCAUUACUAGGUGUUAAAUUAUUUAAAAAUUGGAGUUUUUUAGGAUUGGAUAUCGAUGAUAGCUCUUUAAAAUUUGCAAAAAAGAAUAUAGAAUUAAAUUCAUUAGAGUCCAAAAUAUCAUUAUUUAAAAAUGAAAACAAAGAAAAGAUAUUGUUCAACUAUUUUCAAGCAAACCAAGGUGAAGAAAAAAAUGAAGAGGUUUUUGAUUUUUGUUUAUGCAAUCCACCAUUUUUCAACGAUUUAAGUGAAACUAAUAUAAACCCAAAAUCGACAUGCACAGGAUCAGCAAAUGAAUUGGUUACAGAGGGUGGAGAGUUUAUAUUUAUUAAAAAGAUAAUUGAGGAAAGCAUUGUUUUAAAAUCAAAAAUCAAAUUCUACAGCUCAAUGGUUGGUAGGAAAUGUAAUUUAAAACCACUAUUGGAUUUACUAAAGAAAAAUUUUGGAUUACCCAAUUCAAAAAUUUUUACAGCAGAAUUAUCUCAAGGAAAUACACAUAGAUGGGUUAUGGGUUGGAUAGUAGAUGAUAGUUUUCAGCCAUCAAGUAUAAAUAAUAAUAAAAAAUUAAAUAAUAAUAAUAAUAAUAAUGAUAGUAAUUACAAUAGGAAUAGUGAUUUUUUAACAAGAUUAGAAAGAAGGAAAUUUUAUAGAGAAGGUUUAAUGAAAGAGUUUAAUAACGAUAGUAGUAAUAAAGAAGAAAUAAUUAAUAGUUUAAAUAACCAUUUUAAUAAAAAUAAAAUAAUAAUAAAUGAUAAUAGUCGUGAAACUGAUACCACAGGAAAAGACGAAAAGAUUAUAGAAUGCAAAUCUUUUUUAAACAAUUUGGUCAACCAAAAUUUAGAUGAAGAAAUAGAGUUUUCCUUUAGAACAGAAAUAAAAUACAUUCAAAAUAAAGUACUAUCAAUUCUAUUAAAGCCUAUAGAGCCACCCGAAGAUGGGAAUAAACAAAUAAUAAACUCAAAUUUAUUUUAUAUCAAAAAAUUAUUUCAAUCAAUUUUAGAUAAUAUUAAAUAA